GCGUUGCAUCAUGGGAAGAUGGCGAUGCCUAGCGCGUGAGGCGAGCGUUGACUGAUAGGCGGAGGCAAGAAUUCUCACUUCGUCCUCCCCUCUGGCACAAGACUAAGAAACUGUCCGAAAGACCAAUGGUUAUGUGUCUAAACUUGGAAAAGUUUUCUGAUAAUGAAUCAAAAGCUAGAGAUCAUCUGAAUAAAAGCAUUCCUCAAAACAACAAAUCAGGGCAAGAAUGAAGGUUUUUUGUGGCAGAGCCAAUCCAACCACUGGAGCGGUGGAGUGGUUGGAAGAAGAUGAGAACUAUGAUUAUCAUCAGGAAAUUGCAAGGUCAUGUUAUGCAGACAUGUUGAAUGACAAAGACAGAAAUGCAAAGUAUUUUCAGGGUAUUCGUGCUGCAGUGGACAGAGUGAAGGAAAGAGGAGACAGAGCCAUUGUCCUAGACAUUGGGACUGGCACUGGACUCUUGUCUAUGAUGGCAGCUACAGCUGGGGCAGAUUUCUGCUAUGCUGUUGAGGUCUUCAAACCUAUGGCUGAUACAGCUGUGAAGAUAGUGGAGAAAAAUGGCUUUAGCGACAAGAUAAAGAUCAUCAACAAGCACUCCACUGAAGUCACAGUGGGGCCUGAUGGAGACAUGCAGUGUCGUGCAAACAUCCUGAUAACAGAGCUUUUUGAUACUGAACUGAUAGGGGAAGGAGCUUUACCAUCUUAUGAGCAUGCCCACAGAUGUCUUGUACAGGAAGGAUGUGAGGCAGUGCCUCACAGGGCAACAGUAUAUGCCCAGUUAGUGGAGUCCCAAAGAAUGUGGUCCUGGAACAAGCUAUUUCCCAUUCAUAUUCAAGCAGAAGAUAGUGAGAAGGUUAUUGUCUCACCACCAGAAAUGGAGAACUGUCCUGGUGCUCCUUCAGUCUAUGAUAUCCAACUGAAUCAGGUGUCCUUGCAUGACUUCACGCCUCUCAGUGACGUUGUUACAAUGUUCAGUGUAGAUUUCAGUACGCCAGUAAGCCGAGCCUCUGCCUACUACACAGUACAUCUGGAGCCUAUAAAGUCGGGCAAAGCCCAAGUGGUCCUGUCCUGGUGGGAUAUUGACAUGGACCCUGCUGGGUCAAUAAAAUGUACGAUGGCCCCAUAUUGGGUGCAAUCCACCUCUGAAGAUAUCCCGUGGAGAGAUCAUUGGAUGCAGUGCGUCUAUUUCCUUCCAAACGAAGAACUUGUUCUCCAGGGCCAGAGUGUGGGCCUGACUGCCUUUCAUGAUGACUACUCUGUGUGGUAUAAGCUUCAAAAAAGCAGAAAUGAAGACACCACAACUGCUAUCCAAGUUGAAAGUCCUGUGUGUAGGUGUCAGGCCCACCUGCUGUGGAAUAGGCCACGGUUUGGAGAACUCAAUGAUCAGAAUCGAACAGCACAGUAUUUACAGGCUCUGCAGAAAGUUCUGAAGCCAAACAGUGUUUGCCUCAGCAUCAGUGAUGGCAGCCUCCUUCCUGUGCUGGCUCACCAUCUUGGAGCAAAACAGGUGUUUACACUGGAGAGCUCUGCAGUUUCUUAUUCACUCAUGCAGAAAAUUUUUAAGGCCAAUCACCUAGAAGAUAAAAUUAAAAUAAUAGAGAAACACCCUGAAUUGUUGAUCUCUUCAGAUCUUGAAGAUAAAAAGGUAUCACUUUUAAUUGGUGAACCCUUCUUCUCUACGAGCUUGUUGCCAUGGCACAAUUUAUAUUUCUGGUACGCCCGGACAGCCCUGGCAAGCCACCUGACAAGUGAUGUGACUAUCUUGCCCCAGUCUGCUUCACUUCACGUGAUGAUUGUGGAGUUCAAGGACUUGUGGCGAAUCCGCAGCCUGUGUGGUACCUGUGAAGGGUUUGAUGUGCACAUUAUGGAUGAGAUGAUAAAGAAUUCCUUGGACUUCAGGGAGUCAAGGGAAGCAGAGCCUCACCCGCUGUGGGAAUACCCUUGCAAAUCAAUAUCCAAUCCACUGAAAAUUUUGAUAUUUGACUUCCAACAAACUGUGCCCAAACAUACUAUCAAGAAUGAAGGCAUCAUAAAUCUGACAAAGACUGGGAAGAGCCAUGGAGCUGUUCUGUGGAUGGAAUAUCAUCUGACACCCAGCAUUUCUGUUACCACAGGGCUUGUGCAGGUUUCAAAUGAAAAGGGCUACUGUCAGUGGACUCCCCACUGCAAACAGGCUGUGUUUUUCUUCAGUUCAGAUACUGGGUCAGAGCCUCCCAUUGAUAACCCCUCUGCAGUUGCAUACACCCUAAGCUUCAACCCAAAGACAGGCAAUGUUAUCAUGGAUUUUAAGCUCUUGGAUUAAUGUGGCAGCUUUCCAAUCAAAAACCUUCCUGUCCCCCCCCCCUCAUUUUUUUUUGACCAGGUCUUAAUAAAUAUAUCAAGAGAUAGCUAUGAUGGGCUUCUCUUCUCUUCUUUUGGGUUACAGCAGCUAUUACUGACCCCCAGGCAUUGUCUAAAGGAGCCAUGUUGCUAAAUUGUAAGCUGGUAUGGCUCUGGUCCAUGCCUGGAUGGGAGAUUGCUUGCAAAAUCCUAUAUAUGCCAGCUAAAUGUAAAGCUUUAAAAAUGAAGCCUGAAUCAGGUUAUGAAUAGUAAUAAUGCUAUAUUCAGAUACAAUCAUGCUGAUGAGACUGCUUCAGAUUGUUUCCCCUUGUUAAUGUGAGGACUGAAUCGUUGACAGCUGCAGCUGCAGAAGAUUCCCUUGUUGCUUUCUAGGAACCAGGCUUGUUCUGCCAUCCUAUUGUUGCUGGUCUGGCUGGUUUCCUCGCAGUUUCCUCCUUUGGCCAGACAGUGAUGACAUCCCUUCUCAACUUCUGCAUAGUUUCCGGUAUUCCUUUUCAUCUUAAGGAAUUUACAUGAGCCAAGACAAAUCCCUUCAAGUGUUGGUAUAUAAAGAAGACUACAAUGAAGUUUUACAAACUUGCAUGCACAAGGUUCCAAUUUCAAGCCCCAGCAACUUCAGUUGAGAGAACUGUAGGAAGUAAAAGAUAGGAAUGAUCAUUGUCUGAAACCCUGGCUGGGUGUGGUAUACCAAUGCCCUGACUUGUGGCAAGCUGAUUCAAUGGGUUCAGUUUCUAGGGAACCCUUCCCUUCAUUUGCCAAAAAUCUCUGCAUGUCUGCUAUGGAACCUCAGCACAUUGUAUGAAAUCUAAUAGCAUGUUCUAGGGUACAGCCUAAAUCCAUUUAGGCUGCUUGGCCAGAAUGCACCAAGUACACCCCACUGGCCACAAAUUGCACAGGUGGAUCAGUCAGGGAUGACAAGCAUGUGCCUCCAUGCCCACCCCUAAUUACCAAUCUUCUCACAGUUGAAAACUUCUGCUAUAAUGAUAGGCAGCAGUUGAGAGAAUUAUUGAAGACCUGAGUGUCCAUUCUUUAUGAGAUUCACUAGAGGGCGCUAAAGCCUUUGCCCACUUAAUCAACAGCAUCAGGGAGGUGUUUUUGUGUGUGAUAUCAAAAGGAUACACAAUGUUAUUGAAAAGGUAUUUAGAUGGUAACCAACUCCUUUCUGGAACCAUCGGUAGAAAAUAGGAAAUGUGUCUUUAUUUUAUCCUAUGUACUAAUAUUGAACUCAUUCUCUGAGUGAAUCCUUUUUGUAGCAUAAGCCAUCCACACAAGGAGGAAUGGGAAUGCAGCAUAGUUUGCAGAAAUACAAAAAUUAUUUGGAGGAAGCCCAAACGGUUAGGAUUAGGGCUGGGCUCAGAACAGAAGGAAGGUUGGUGACCAAUCCUGGCAUCCAGUGAAAUGUGGGCAUGCUUCAGGGGGCAUAUUCCAUGUAGGAGCAGGCAGUCCUUCUUGCAUUUUUUUGGAUUUUUGAGGGGAUAUUUACUGAGACUUUUCCUGGCACCAUAAGAGGUACUACUAGCAGACACAUUGCUUCCUGUGAGUGCAACAUGGGUGACCCAUCCUCUUAAAAGCUUGGGAGAAUCCUUUGUGGUGCCCUGCAAAGCAGCUUCCAGUUCAUAUUCUGUUGAGUCAUGAGCACAAAGCAGCAAGAAAUAGGACUUUUUACAGUUGUGCUCCCCUCUUUUACUAUUACCACUGAACAGCAGCGUGUUUGUCGGUGAUAUGUACAAGGUUUUGUUCUGAUGCUGCAGAACAAGUGCUGGUUAAUGUUCAACGUGUAUAUCUGUAAGGCAAAUUCCAUUUUAGUUCAGUGAAUAAGGGUGCUCGGACAUCAAUACUGGCUAUACUAAUGACCCCAACCAUUAAUGCCUCAGCUCAUCUGGAUUCUGGUUCUUCAUCCUGAGCUGUGUAAGUGCUUUGGGGGCAGCUGUAUGCUUUCUCAACAUCUGAGUUUAGGGCUUAGAAGACCUUUGCCUGUAAAUGAGGCACAUCAUCUUAGAUGCAUGUGUUAAUUAAGGAUAGGUGAAUGCCUCUUUUUGAUUAAUUGGUGUUCUGUUUUACCAAGACACUCAGAAACAAUAACUGAGCAACUUAUCUCAAGGCCCGGCUCCCUCUCCUCAGUUGCAACCUGAGAUCUUGUCCCUGAUUGGUUUGGAUGGUACACCUCUGUCCCUUUUGACCCUCUUUUAUUGCCUUUGAAGUUGACCCUUGAACCACAAACCUGGCUCUGCCUGAUUUGGAUCAUCAGUAAGCCACCUACCCCUUCUGUCCCCCAAACUCAACCACCUGGGACAGACCCUUGCUGAGCCAUGACGGAUUAGCAGUACAUCCUAAAAAAUAUGAAUCAUUUAUUUCAACAUGAAUGGUUCGAAAGCAAUAAUAAUGGCAAUACCCCCAACUUUCACAUUCAUCAAACUCCUCUGAAAGAUCUGCAUUUUAGGGCCAGUCCUACCAUUAAACAAAGUGAGGCAGCUGCCUUAGGUAAGUAGAAUACAAAAAAGGAGGGGGCAUACUUGAUUGGUGCUGUUAGCAACAAAUACUUGCGAAUAAACAUUCACGAGUGCACUUGAAGCUCCUGAUUCUUUUGCAGGAUGCCUGACAUCACAUAUAACAUCAUUUGUGAGUCAGGUGGGUUUGGUGUUAAAGGAAAUUGCCUCAUGGAACAAAAUAGGACCCUGGACCAGAGGUGUCCUACCACUGCCCAGUAUAUAAAGCUAGCACUGUUCUUUGAACACCCCCAUAUCUGACCACUUAGGAGGCUGGUUUAAUGCCCAAGAAUGAACAUUUGUGGUCUCGGGGGGAGGCCUCCUUUAUUGAAAGCUGAAGUGCUCAAGUCAGGCAUUGUGUCUGUAAAUGGGAUACUAGCAAUACUGAAAGCAGCAGCUAGGGAGAUGUUUUAUUGUCUCACAAGGUGUGUGUGUUUGUGUGUGAGAGAGAGAGCACAUUAAAAACAACGCGCUGUGCAUGGUCUUAUUAGCCUGAGUUCUAUUGAUUUCCUUUUUCUCUGAUGAGAGAAGAAACACAGAUUUCAGCUCAGCUUGCCCAUAUGGCUUCUGAUUAGCAACCCUUGAGAAAAAAUCAGGGGAAAGGGGGCAGAAAAGCAAAGCGGAUGCUUUGGCUUUGGUGCUUGUGUUGCAAUCAAUAAAAGUCAAACUCCUUCGAGCUUGUGUGUAUUUGAUGAAUUUCAGCUGAUUUGGGAGCCUGGAACAACCUCAGAUCAAUACUAACUUGCUCAAGGGCUGGACUCUAAAUAACAAAGGCAGCAGAGUUUUGGUCUACACAGAAGGACGUGUCAGCUUAAUGAAGUUUUGUGGGUGCAAUUAGCUUUGAAGUUAGGGGUGAAAUUCGGGUCUGGCAAAUUCAGACAAGGCUCAAAUUGGCGUUUCUGCUAUUGAUUCCUUUUGAUAGGACACUGGGAGAGUCAGAUCCGCAUGACUGGGACUCAAAGACUAAUUACACCCCUAUCCGAUACCUCCCAUUCCUAUUUUCAAGACCACCUUGUAUAAACAGUAUUGUAUAAAUGCCACCUGUACUAUUAUUAGUUGAAUUCAUAUACUGCCCUAUACCCGGAGGUCUGAGGGUGGUUCACAGAAAAGAUCAACAUAAAAAAAAGAUCAACAUAAAAACCACAGUAUAUAUAAUUAAAAUAAAAACAACAACCCAAUAACACACACACCAAAAAAGAGCCACAAUUUAAAAGGGUAUAGGAUGUCAAUCAGAUCAACCAAAGGCCUGGUUAAAAGGGAACGCUUUUGCCAGGACCUAAAGGUGUAUAAUGAAGGCGCCAGGCAAACUUCCCUGGAGAGAGCAUUCCACAGAUGGGGAGCCACUGCAGAGAAGACCCAUUCUCGUGUUGUCACCCUCUGGACCUCUCGAGGAGGAGGCACAGGAAGGAGUUUUACACCUGUAAAACUAGUAAAAGGAAUGAGCAAAAAAAGGAAUAUAAGAAAUUUAAGAAGAGACCUGCUUGAUCAAGUCAGAGGCCCACCCAGUCCAGUAUCCUGUUCUCACAGUGGCCAAGCAGAUGCCUAUGGGAAACCAGCCAUCAGGAUUCGAACACAAGAGCACUCUCCCAUUCUGUGGUUCCCAGCAGCUGGUAUUCAGAGGCAGAUUGCCUCCGACAGUUAUUAGGUAAAGGGACCCCUGACCAUUAGGUCCAGUGGUGACCGACUCUGGGGUUGCGGUGCUCAUCUCGCAUUAUUGGCCGAGGGAGCCGGCGUACAGUUUCCAGGUCAUGUG